AUGCACACAUACCCACCGCAACCGGCUCUUUCCUUCAACGAGGAGUCUGCAAUGGAGUUAGAUAAUCCUUGGCAGUUUGCUCGUAGGGCGAGAGAUGACGACGAGCAGCCACCCAAUAAAGUCUUUCUCAAAGAAGUCGAUCAGUCAUCCAAGCUGCGCGAAGAUGUGUGCAAGCUAAAUUUUAGAAAUCAUGAUCUUUUACUUCGAAAGCGCCACAUGCAGAUCACUUCGAACGUCCGCGAAUCACAGCUGCAGUCAGCCAUUGCACAGCAUCAACAACAGAAUCAAUCUCUUCAGGAUGACAGUACUAAUGCCCUCACCUCCUUGGACGAGAACGAUCGUAAAGAAGUUGCAGAGCUUCAGAACAAUAUGGUACUUGAUCGUCAAAAGGCCCAAACAGAGGCCUGCGCUGAAAUAGAACACUUCUUGGCCGAGAAAGAAUCUCAGUUUGAACACGAAAUGGGUUUAGCAAGAGAUAGACUUUUGGCUGACAAUGAAUCUGAAUUAACCCGCUUGGACGUCAAGUAUAGUUCCAAAAUUAAUUCGUUGGAUAAUCAAAUUCGACAUGCCAAUGCUCUAUCACCUGCGUUUGCACCUGCCUGGCAGCAUCUUGUUGGCAAAAAACCUGUGGCUACAUAUUCCCGUUCCAGCUCCGAAUCUGACGCGGACGAGGAACCUCAGACAGACAGUAGACCCUCCCUGACUUCACUCCUAGGAGAUGUCCCGAUCAUGAACGCGACCAUAGGCAUGCUUGCUGAGGCACUUGCAAAGGUUCUUCAGACUCCUCAAAUGAUGUCUUCCCGGGGACCUUGCCCAAGACGCAAACGGCUUAAACCCCCUGUUGAAAGUUUCAUGGAUACCCAGCGCCAAGACAAUAAGGCAAAUGUCCGAGAGUUGUUCAAAAAUGCAUUCCACGCCACAAAAGACGAAGAAUUUAUGCUUCAUGUGUCAGCGUCACAUGAAGCUAUAUUGUCUUUCGCACAUGGAACGGGCCCUGGUCCUGACCCACUUGCAAUGCGAUGGGAUAUGACGACCACACACAACUCCAUGUGGAACCAACAUGUCAUUGAUUUACUUUGUUCCCAAGAUGACAUUACACUGAAAUUCGGUCAAUGCCGCAAGUGUUGGAGAAGGGUUCAACCUCUCAGCCUCAGCGACGGUACUCGCAAGACCGCGCAACAAGUGGGAGAUCGACUUGUGGAUCAAACAGAUGAGCGACUGCGGCUCGCUAGGGUCCUCACUCACAGGGUGACGAAGUUCGAGACUCGAAAAAAAGUCAUGUCGACGCUCCUGAGUGAUAGGAUUGCGACAGGAAAGCAUGAUCAGGCAGUGUGGGAGUAUCUUCAGGAUAUUGUGGAGAAUCUUGGCAAAGAUGGCAUGAGCUCUGACGAGAGUGAGCACGAAGAUGGAGACAUUCAGAUUAUUGACCAACAGCGUUUGAUGGGUGCUGCAGUUUUCACUCCUCGUGGAAGCAAGCCUGCAAAGCAUCUUCGCCUGCCAAGAGCAUUCUAUGAUGCUUCUUGGUUGGUUGACCAACGCUCAUCAUUCACAGUAUCAAAGAAGAAGUUCCAGAGGAUGGAGAUUAUCGUUGCCCACCAGGAGCCUAUUGUGGCAGAAAACCAUGUGGGCAGACCAAUUGUGAGCACAGGAGGCUUGAUAGAGUUUGUUGUUUGGCAUGUUGGCAUGGUUAGCAUGGCAUACUAUACAUCGGCGGAUGAUACUGUCCUGGCAUUCCAGCAGCUGAACGCAAUGAUGCAUCUGACCUAUGGAUUACUUCCAAUGGGUCUGGAACUGUUCCGGAUGAAGUUGGUCUGCGUGGUUCUGAUUGUGCGCUGA